GUGCUGACCCGUGGAGCUCCUCCAGUGGAAUGAACCAGCCUGGUUACAGUGGCAUGCUGGGUAACUCCUCCCACGGACCCCAGAGCAGCAGCUACUGUGGCACCCACCCUCACGACCGGCUGAGCUACCCGUCACACUCCUCGGCAGACAUCAACCCCAGUCUUCCUCCCAUGUCCAGUUUCCAUCGUAGCAGUGCCUCCAAUCAGUACAGUACAGCUUCCUGCACUGCCACCACCAACGGCACAGACAGCGUGAUGGGUAAGACCUGGGGACAAGGACACAGGGCUGCAGAAGACAGGACAGAAGACAGGGCUGAUUACAGGACAGAAGACAGGACAGAUCACAGGGCUGAAUACAGUGCUAACCGUGCGCAGAGCGGGGCACCGACCAGCUCUCAGACAGGAGAUGCCCUGGGGAAGGCUCUUGCUUCGAUCUACUCUCCAGACCACACGAACAACAGUUUCUCGUCCAACCCGUCGACCCCCGUCGGCUCUCCCCCCUCACUCACAGCUGCUAGUUCUGCUAUGUGGUCCAGGAACGGAGGACAAGGUCCCUCCUCCCCCAACUAUGAGGCUCCUCUACACUCUCUGCAGAGUCGUAUCGAGGACCGCCUGGAGCGCCUGGACGAUGCCAUCCACGUCCUGCGGAGUCACGCAGUCGGCCCCUCCACGGGCAUGCCCGGCGGGCACCAAGACAUGCACAGCCUCAUCGGAGCAGCGCACAACGGGGCCAUGGGAGGACUGGGCACUGGGUACGGCACGGGACUACUCUCUGCCAACCGCCACUCAAUCAUGGUGGGCUCUCACAGGGAAGAUGGUAGCGUGGCCAUGCGUGGCAGCCAUCCCAUCAGACCCAACCAAGUGCCAGUCCCCCAGCUGCCCCAGCAGUCUGCCACGUCACCAGAUCUCAACCAGACUGAUACAUACCGGGCUCUCUCCAGUGGUCUCCAGGGCCAGAGUGCCUCGUCCGUCUCGUCAGAGAUCAAGUCGGAGGAUGAGGGGGAUGAGAACCUACAGGAUGCCAGGUCUAUGGAGACCAAGAAGGAGGAGCCUGACAACAAGGACCUCAAGUCUAUUGAUAGCAACGCGGACGACGAGGACUUGUCUCCGGAGCAGAAGAUCGAACGUGAGAAGGAGCGCAGGAUGGCCAACAACGCCCGGGAACGGCUGCGUGUCCGAGACAUCAACGAGGCUUUCAAGGAGCUGGGGCGCAUGGUGCAGCUGCACCUGAAGAGUGACAAGCCACAGACCAAACUGCUCAUACUGCAUCAGGCCGUGGCCGUCAUACUGAGUCUGGAGCAGCAAGUCAGAGAGAGGAACCUGAACCCUAAGGCAGCGUGUCUGAAGAGACGUGAGGAGGAGAAAGGCUCGUCGGACGGCGGAGCGACCCUCUCCCUGGCCGGGCCGCACCAUGUCAUGGGGGAUGCCUCCAACCCAAUGGGACAAAUGUAAAAACCCCCUAAAUGGUCCAAGCUCCCAGAGUUCAUCAAGAUGAUGAGCGACCACUUCCUUUGACAACAUUCUCCUAUUUCCUGAACCAAUCAAAUCAACUGAUCACGUCAAUCAACGAUCUAUCUGACCAACCUGAUCUGACCAAUGUUUUUUUUUUCCCAGGACCACCUGUCUUUUGUCUUCUGUAGAAAUGAACGAACUGCAAAUGUAUAUUGGCUAUGAAAACAUAACAGAUACAAGAUAUGUUUUCUCAUUAUAUUGUUUCGUAUUUUCAGCAUCCCCCCCCCCCCCCCCCCCCCCCCACAAAAAAACACAAAAAAAUGAUAUUAUAUAUGUUAAAGAAAAAUAUUUAAAAAAUCACAAAAAAAAAAAGAAAAGUUGAUGCAACUACGUGAUGAUGGGGGGGGGGCGUGUUUCUAACACAUGAACAAUGUUGCAGGACUCAGCUGCUGUCUCAACUGAAUGGCAAUCUUCUCCACACUGUGGAAACUCUUGCAGUCGUGCCUGAAAUCCUCCUUGAUGUUUGAAGUUAAAUAGAUAUAUAUGAAAAAUCAAUCAGUAAGUCUGGGGGGGGGGGGGGGGGGUUUAGGGCGUGGGGGGGGAGGUAUAAAAAAAAAAGUUUAGAUUAUGUAGAAUUUCAAGACAUUUUUUUAAAACAUGCAAUAAUUAUAAAAUAAAAAAAAUGUGUACUUCUAAUCGAAAAACAGAACAGAUACAUUUUAAGAUAACACUUUGUGUUUUGGGCUCUAAGUUCGGCUGUAUACUAGCAAGCAGUGUUGGGGAACGUUACUGUGGAAAGUAACGCGUUAGGUUACCGCGUUACUGGCAUUAAAAAGUAAUACGUUACAUUACGCCGUUACUUACUGUGGAAAAUAACGCGUUAGGUUACAGCGUUACUUACUGUGGAAAGUAACUCUUUUAGUCGUUACAUUACUUUUGCGUUACCAAACCCCAGAAAACUCUGUAAAUGUAUUGUUAUGCCCAGUAGAGAGUGGCUUGCCUAUUUACUAAUCGGUGCUACAAUCAUUUCAUCCGACGUCAUGGGAGCGCUCCAGACCGAGAUCUCUGUCAGAUUACCAUGAUAGCUGUUUCAGUUGUUUUACUAAAUUGAACCGUGUAUUUUGCAAUAAACAAUGUGUUAUUUUUUUAAAUCGCAUUUGGUUGUUGUAACUGUUCCACACAAAAAAAAAAAUGGGUGAAGAAGGAAAAACGUAUACACAUUAUGAUAAUAAGGAAAGAUAAAAUAAGAUAUGAAAGCCUACUUAUUAAUAGCCUUUAUUUUCUGGCUUUAAUAUGUCUAUUUUGUUUCUUUAAAGCUGCCGAAAUGUUGGUUUUGAUUUAUGGACAAUGUCCAAGUGUUCUAACGAAAUUCCAUAUUAAAACUAUCGAAAUGUUUGAUAAAUACAAAAAAAAGUGUUGCAUCACAAUUUAAUUCUAUCUUGAUAAAUCCAAGGCACCAUAAAUCCAAACCAACAUUUAGGCAGCUUUAAAGAAACAAAAUAGACAUAUUAAAGAUAAUAAUAAAAACUAUUAAGUUUACAACAAGCCCGACUUGAAAUGUUGACGUGAACAUUUUAAUAACAGUAAACUGCAAACCGCGAAUGCAACUGUCAGAGAAAUCCGUAAACAUAAUGCAUUGAAAUAAAUGGCAUGCAAUCAAAGGACUUACUUACAUCAAAGACGCAUACAUGUUCAUUUAGUUUUCUCGGGGUGACAGGUUUAAACAAAACAUAAAUCUAGAUUUUGCUGUUUUGGAAGCAGAAGCGCAAUCUUCCUCAGCAUCAACUGCAAUCGGAUGUCUUGGGUCCUUUUCCACCGGUCUUGUGGAGCUGCGCUUGGCCUGAAUGUGCUUCUUGAUAUUUGAAGUUGACAGGCGCUUAGCCCCGAGGCACAGUUUGCCUUUUAUUAUUAUUAUGUUGUUUUCCUUUUCUUUUACCAAUUCUAAAUAAUGUGUACUUCCACGUGGUAAAGGUGGUGGCUCUGCUUCAUGCCACAAUGUCCCUGAAGAAACAAGAACAGCGUGAAUUUAUGGGGAAGGAAUUUUCAUAUUAUAAUUUGUCAAGGGAAAUAAUAUUUCAAAGUAACGAUUUGUUUAUUUGAAAAGGUAACUUUAAGUAUCUGAUUUCUUAAAUUGAAAAACGAAUACGUUAAGUUUCUCAUUACCACAAAAAAAAAGUAAUUUGAGUAUUCUAACGCGUUACUCGUUACCCCCAACACUGCUAGAGAAGAUGGAGGGAAAACAUCUUCUAGCCACUCGAAACCAGCAAACGUCCUGAUUCAGAUUGACAUGUGUUUUCAUUGGCCACUCCUUUGUGUGAGCAAAUGGAACCUUGUGAUUAGAGGGCAUGGCCGUUGGUAGUGUUACUCUUCCUUACUUCAUGUUACAAGGCAGAUGAAGGAAGGAGGGAGGGAAGGAAGGAAGGAAGGAAGGCAGGCAGGCAGGAAGGAAGGAAGGAAGGAAGGAAGGAAGGAAGGAAGGAAGGAAGGAAGGAAGGAAGGAAGGAAGGAAGGAAGGAAGGAAGGAAGGAAGGAAGGAAGGAAGGAAGGAAGGAAGGAAGGAAGGAAGGAAGGAAGGAAGGAGAAAAAAUAAAGGGGGAAAGAUAUGUCUCCUUUCUGUGUCUGUUUGUCACACAGAGAGUCCCAGACCAGGUCAGAAUAGAGCAAAGUCUCUCAACCAUUUUCUGAGACCCAAGUCAAAGGUCAAGGUCUCUCCCAGGUGAUGUCACUUCCUGAUAAUGACGCUGCAAUGGAAAGGCACAGCCAGAGGGGGAUGUACUGUAUAUCCCAGAAUCUGAGCAGUCCAUCACCUUGUAUGAUUUGCCUGAUUUUAAACCCCGGACUAGCACUUCACAUCCCCCUCUGUUCCCCUAGAUCUCCCUUCCUGACCCCUAAAACCACCCCAAGACCCCAGAAAUGCAAUUUUAACAUUCACUUCUACCAAUGUGCCUUUUAGAGUUCAUAUCAUUCAAAUGCGAUGAGGAGGAGAUGGACGUUAUCUGAACUUUUUAGGAUUCAAGCUUAGGGAACUGUUAGUUAUUAGGUCUAUGCAGUCAGGUUUUUUCUGACCUGGGAAUUUAAAAAACAGUAAAAAGAAAAAAAAGUAUUUUGGGAUAAACUGUAUUUAAUUGUACUGUAUGCUUAUAUGUAAUUAGAAGGCGUGUCCCUGAAUGGACCUUGUUUUAGUCAGUUGAGCCCCCUGGCGGCCCCAGCACCCCGAGUUUCAGCACCCCUUCCUCUAUUCCAAGUUGCAGCCUGUUUCCAUUGUGAACGACAUGUCUGUUUUUGAGCGUUGUAUUAUAGCUAUCAGCUUUUUAUCUAUAUCGGCUUGUCCGUGAGCCCCUGUAGUCUUCAGUACCCGUGUGUGGUUGUAUGUGUAAAACAGAACCUUCUUCCUCUUUUUUAAAUCUUUCUCUUAUUCUUUGUCUGUUCUGGUUUCUGUGUCGAUGAAAAAAAUACUAAACCACGACUUGCUGCCCUAUGAAAAUUGGACAGCAGCUGUUUUUAAAAGUGGUUUAUGUUAUCCAAUCAACACAAGGCACUGAAACUGGAAAACAAUCUAUUUGAAAAUCAAUAUAUAUAAAUGUAAAAAUAUAUACAAUAUAUAAAUAAGGAUGGUGCCAGUUUUCAAAGGAACGGUUGUUUUGGGUCAGAUUAAUUAUUUUCUUAGAGAUGGGUGGAAAGUUUGAAGAGGCAUCUCAGUGUUAAUGAGAUAUGAAGGUUUGAAGAGGCAUCUCAGUGUUAAUGAGGUAUGAAGGUUUGAAGAGGCAUCUCAAGUGUUAAAGAGACAUGACUUGUUCUGCUGUGCCCGUGACAUCACAAUGACUGACUAUGGCACCCCUGACUGGACAAAAGGGACAGGAGUUCCCCAUCAUCCUCCACUCAUUGCUAUUCAGCUGUCAAAGAAAACACACAGACAUUUGUAAAUUGUAUGCAACAGAUGCAAACGUACCAUUAUUUUGAAAUUGUGUAUGUAAAAGUUAUAUUUUUACAUGUAGACUGUUGUUAUUUUGUGUUUAGAUAAUACAUUGUAUCAGUUUUUUUUUUGUUAAAAGAAAAAAAAAGUAAAAUUCGGUGUGUGUUGAAAACGUGUCACAUUGAAAUUGUAGUGAGGUCAAAAGCUUCAGUAUCAUUUUCAGUUUUUUUCCCCCCCCAAAAAGGUUUGUUUUAUAUUUCCGGGAUUUUUUUUUGAAGAAAGGGAUUGGGGGGGGGGGGCUAAUUGGAAAUCAAAUAGGUAUAUAAUAUUAUUUUCAUGCUCCAUGCUCAUUGCCAUUUUUCAUUGUAUUUUUUAAGAAAAUGUGUAAGUAGUUAUAGCACACAGGGUUCAUGUCCCUUUGGUGGGGGUGGGGUGGGGGGUGACGAAUAGCUGAGAGUGGGAAAUGAUUGAGUUGAUUUGAUCAGUUGUAUUCUGCUUGUAAUGUGCCUGGUCAUUCUAGCCAGGUGCCAAUAUUAAUUAAAAAAUGAACGGCAAUUAAC